UGCAGCGCAACACACACACACAGAGAGAGGGGCUGAAUAUGAAUUCAACUGCAAUCCCUUUUUUAUUUUGUUGCAACGUCUAACUUUAUAGACAACAUACUGUACACUCCCGAAUGAGGAUGAACUUGGGCAGAGUAGUUGUUCUUGCUGGUUUAAGUGGGAUUGUGAGUUUCAGCUUACUGGUUUCUGCUAUUGCAACCGACCACUGGUACAUCCUGGAAGUGAACGAACCGAACAGCACUGUCGACCCGGGCGAGCUGAAUUCUCACUCCGGACUGUGGAGGACUUGCGAAGACAUGUUCAAGGCCGUUGUGAUCCUGCUGCCCCUCAGCCUGGUGAUGCUGGUGUUUGGAGGGAUCUGUGGGCUCGUCAGCUCCCUGUCAAAGAGCAUCUCCCUGCUUGUGCUUACUGGAUCCUACCUCCUCCUCUGCAGCCUCCUCACGCUCUCGGGGGUCAGCGUCUACAUCAUUUACUCCAAGCUGGCAUUUGAGAUCAUCGUGCAGGAGUACGGCGUACAGCAGUUCGCCCACGUGCACAUCGCGUUCGGCUGGUCAUUGGCAAUGGCCUGGCUGUCCUUUACUAUGGAGAUCAUCGCAGGGUCACUGCUGCUACUGGCUGCCAAGAUAACUGAUACCCAGCACAACUUAGAGGCUACCGCGGGGUACUCCCUCCCCAUGGAAGAAGGGCUCUGAGCAUUGCAUGCUUAAUAAUCUGCUGUAUUACAAAUUGUAUUGCAGCGUUGAUAUUACAGCUUCCCUGCCAACGCUUCUACACACAGUUACCACCUCCUUAAGCCUUUCAGCUGACAGAGAGAGACGGUAGAGGCAGUACACUGAGGUAUUGUGUUAAUGUUUCAUACAUUGCUGUAUUCUUUGAUUGCUUAAGUAAGAAAAGCACUGUUUCAGUGCCAUAUUGUUUUAACCCCUGUGUAUCAAGAGUACACAUCACUCGCUUCUUGACAGUGUCUUUGUAGUUGGUGCACAGCUGUAUUCAAUGAUUUUUUCAAUGCAGAAACAGAUUUUUUCAAGUUUUCAGAAACUGUUUUAAGCAAGCAGCACAGUAGCAUGCAUAGGGGCUAUACUUCCUACCAUGAGGAGCCAAGCCCUCAACUGUGAUGCCAGACCAACAGGGAGUCUCUGCUUCUGUUUGAUGGGUGGGGACCAUCUCCUGUUGGCGUGAGUAGGGAGGUCGUCAACAGCAACGCAAUUGGAAUGAAGGUAGCACAUACGCUCCAAAUUGUUGAUUGCAUUGAGGAUAACGUUUUUGCAAUCGGGCUGCUGCUGUGCGUUUUAUAACUUUCUUACUGAAGCCCAUGGCCUGGU